CGGAGCCACCAGUCCCCAGGCCCGCUCAGCCUCCUCCCCUAAAGGGGACCGCCCGGCCACGCUGUGCCAGAGCGGAGUAAAAGGCAGAAAGUUUGGAGUGCCUAGCGGAGUUGGGCCGCUGGAGGAAGGGAACCAGCAGAGAGGGGUCGCCACUCCAAGUGUGCGCGGCGGUGGCCGCGUCCCGGGGGUGCCUGUCCCGCAGCGCGCUGCAGCAGCCGGAAUCGAGCCCUCCCGGCGGGCUGGAACUCUCGGUCCGGGUUCCGGCGGGCGCUAGAGGCUCGACCAGAGGCCGGGGAGGAACUUCUCUUGCAAGCUGUCGCCGAGGGCCCUUAUUGUCUGCAGGAACUCUCCGGAAUCGGGAGGGGGAGGACUGGAUCGCUCUUCCACUGGGAUUCGUCAAGAGUUCCGGCGGCAGCUGCGGCGGUUUCAGAGUCUCCCUUUGUCCUCCUAGGACCUCCCUCCUUCCCGGUCUCCCUCCCUCUGUCAGUUAGUGGGUCCCGCUGACCCAGGCGCCGGCGCCCUAGCUGCUCGCAGGCCCCCACCCCAGGGUAGCGUCCCUGGUAACUCCUACCACCCUAGCAUCGCCACCGAGUCAAGCCGAGGGGGCUGCGAGCAGGAGGGAGUCACAGACCCCUGGCUGCAGGAUGGUGGCGGGGCUCUCCCUGGCCCGCAGUCCCGGGAGCUGGCUGGUUCCCGGGCUGUGGUUACUAGCUGUCAGCGGUCCUGGGGGGCUGGUGAGCGCCCAGGAGCAGCCCUCCUGCCGUGGAGCCUUUGACCUCUAUUUCGUCCUGGACAAGUCUGGGAGUGUGGCAAAUAACUGGAUUGAAAUUUACAAUUUUGUCCAACAACUUACAGAGAGAUUUGUGAGCCCUCAAAUGAGAUUAUCUUUCAUUGUGUUCUCUUCUCAAGCAACCAUUAUUUUGCCAUUAACUGGAGACAGAUACAAAAUCAGCGAAGGCUUGGACAGUUUAAAACGUGUUAGCCCGGUAGGAGAGACAUAUAUCCAUGAAGGACUAAAGCUAGCAAAUGAACAAAUUGAGAGAGCAGGAGGCUUAAAAACCUCCAGUAUCGUAAUUGCUCUGACAGAUGGUAAGUUGGACGGUCUGGUGCCAUCAUAUGCAGAGAAAGAGGCAAAGAUAUCCAGGUCACUUGGGGCUAGAGUUUAUUGUGUUGGUGUCCUUGACUUUGAACAAGCUCAGCUCGAAAGAAUUGCUGAUUCCAAAGAACAAGUUUUCCCUGUCAAAGGUGGAUUUCAAGCUCUUAAAGGAAUAAUUAAUUCUAUACUAGCUCAGUCAUGCACUGAAAUCCUGGAAUUACGGCCUUCAAGUGUCUGUGUGGGGGAGGAAUUUCAAAUAGUUUUGAAUGGAAGAGGAUUCAACUUGGGCAGUCGGAAUGGCAGUGUUCUCUGUACUUACACUUUUAAUGAAACAUACACAAAGAGUGUAAUGCCAGUAAGUGUGGAACGUAACUCUAUGCUUUGUCCUGCACCUAUCCUGAACAAAGUUGGAGAAACUCUUGAUGUUUCAGUAAGCUUUAAUGGAGGAAAGUCUGUCAUCUCGAGCUCACUGAUAGUCACAGCCACAGAAUGUUCUAGUGGGAUUGCAGCCCUCAUUGCUAUUUUGGUGUUACUGCUACUCUUGGGCAUCGGUUUGAUGUGGUGGUUUUGGCCCCUUUGCUGCAAAGUGGUUAUCAAGGAUCCUCCUCCACCACCACCACCCUCUGCACCAAAAGAGGAGGAAGAAGAACCUCUGCCUACAAAGAAAUGGCCAACUGUGGAUGCUUCCUAUUAUGGAGGUCGAGGAGUUGGAGGAAUUAAAAGAAUGGAGGUUCGUUGGGGUGAUAAAGGAUCUACGGAGGAAGGCGCAAGGCUAGAGAAAGCCAAAAAUGCUGUGGUGACCAUUCCUGAAGAACCAGAGGAACCCGUCAGGCCCAGACCACCUCGACCCAAACCCACACACCAGCCUCCUCAGACCAAGUGGUACACGCCAAUUAAGGGUCGGCUGGACGCACUCUGGGCUUUGUUGCGGAGGCAGUAUGACCGGGUGUCCUUGAUGCGACCUCAGGAAGGAGAUGAGGGCCGAUGCAUAAACUUCUCCCGAGUUCCAUCUCAGUAAAGGGAAGGCAGGAAGACCAAGAGGUACGAAGAUGGUACAUCUUCACAAUGCCGAUUUCCAACCAAAUGAACAAAAAGUGCAUUUCAGAAGUUUUUGGAAGAGCAACUUUAUUCCUCUCAGUCAGGAAGUAUUUUCUCUGCCUUCUGCUUUGCUUGCAUCAAAUAUUUUCAAACACUUGUCCUGCCAUCUACAUGGGAGCUGAUGAAACUCAAUGGUAACUCAUGAAUCAGGACAUUGAAAAUAAAGAGGAACGUUAAUGUACAUGCUGUGGUUUAUACAAGAAAGUUUGUUUGAAUGUAUAGAAGAGGAAAAAGCAAAAACAAAAGCAUGAAGAUGAUAUCAAAAUAGGGAGCACAGAAUAAUUGGCCAUGGUAAAUCUUUAAUGGAGAAAGGAGCAUUUUACAUGGAAACAUGGCACUUGUGUGUUUACAUGGCAAGAUUGUUAGCCAAAGGCAGAGUAUGAAAUCUCCCACCAGGCUAAGCAAAUAAUGGAGUCUAUUGCCUUAUAGCCAUGUCAGAUCACAAAAUCCUUCCAAGUCCCCUACCACAAUGUGCCUUCCAGGAAGUUUCUGACUGGAAAAUCUUGUCAUUCUGACACUGAAAAGUGCACACGCAUGACAAAAUGUAGACAGGAUGCCUCAAGGUAUUGGUAGCAAGCAAGAUUUUGCCCUUUAGUUUUUGAAAACACCUUUCUUUCAUUAUGCACUUGGGGAAAGAGGAAAUUAAUAGAGCAUUAUUCCACAGGAAGACAGCCUCUAACCAGAGAUCUUGAAUGGAGUUUAAUGGACUCACGAUUUGAGAACUCAUCCCUGUGAUUGGUAGAUUUACCCCUCUUUCUAUGUUUAGGGCUUAGUAGUGCAUAAAGCAUUAAUAUCUGUAAACACACCUAGGAGUUUGUUUUGCUUUUAAUUUAAAGGAAGCAGUAACCACAACAAAGCUUCCGCUCAGGGUUUUUUCUUCCUCCAAGUCUCCAAGGGCUCUUCAGCGUCACAAGCCAGCAACUCUCUUUGCAUGAAAAUUUCAAAGUUUAAUUAAUAUAAUUAAAGGCAACAGCAAGCAGCAGCCUGUGAAGAUUUCGCUCAUCUUUUUUAUGCCUUUUGACAUUGAAUGACCUAUUACUGUAUGCGCAUUACUUGGAUUUUGAGGGGCACUCAUACCUUGGUUGUGAUUCAGUAGGGGAAAAAAAAGAUCUCCUCUCAUCAAUUUAUACAUUAAAUUUUCAGGAGGGUCGACCACCACAAGACAUCGAAAAUGUAUGUAUUAUAAUUUUUUCUUAGAAGAACCACCAUCGUGUCACGUCGACAAUGCCAAAUUAUGUUAGCGUGAGCGGGAACACUGUGGGGGAGGAUGAAGGCAGCAGCUGAAGAAAAAAGCUCAAAUGAUCUAGUCACUUUCGAUACUGUACUUCAGAUGCGGAAUGGAUAUUCGACUGGAAGCCUGACAAAGCGCGCCUGCUUUGAUGUGAAGUGGUAUAGACAAUGACCAGUGGCUGGGUCAGUGGGAUGUCUCUCUGCGAGCACAAAGGCGUAUCAAAUGACACUAAAAAUAAGUUCAACAACCAUCACAUUGGAAGGGAGAAGGCGAGCGUUUCAUGUUUGGCGGGCAUGUGAGUGCACAAGAUGGAAACAGCGAUCUGGAGCAUCCCCGUGUAAUUACCCCCGUUGUGCGCUUAAUGGAAAUUUCAAAGGACGGGAGUGAUUCUGAUGGUUGGUGUCCAGAUUUGUGGCACUGCUCCAAGAAGCCUUACUCACACACACAGAUUUUUAUGUAUAGAUAUACAUAUACAUGCAUAUCCUCUAGCUUGAAUCUUUUGCUCAAGUUUAUUUAUGUCACUGGCUGGCUGGAUCCAAAGUCAUGUGUCUAACAUAUUCAUAAAUAAAAUUUUUCCUGUG